AUGCUGCCACCUCCAGAUUGGCUCCAUAUGCACCAGGGUCAAAGCAGGACUCGUUUCCAGAUUCACAGUGAAAUCAGACGACGAGCAGCAGCCGAUGGACUCUCAGUGGCCGCUCAGAAUGAAAUUACUAAUCAAAUAGGCCUCUUGUCAUCGUAUCAGCCAAUCCAGUGUAGCACAGUGUUCCUCAAUAUCAACGCAACACAAGGAGUUGACUGACUCCUCUCCGGAUACUACAGAGCAUUGAAACGGUCAAUUACAGAUGUGGUUGGCCCUGGCUACAACUGCUUUGUAGACAAUGGUACGGUAAGCGGUAUAUGCAAAGGAGGCGGUUGUACUCCAAAUCAAGCGCCAGUGCCUACAGAGUUCGUCAAUUAUCGUGGAAUACUCGAGGUGGCACCUGUUUUACUUUUCUGUUUUAAAGCUCCAGCUAAAGCAAGUUGCAUGCACAUUGAAUUUUCCUUCGUGCGGAUAUUCCUUCUUCUGCUAGUCGUUGAAGAAGCUUUGCGAUAA